AUGGUGCUGGACGUGCUGCUGGUACACCUUUGCCGCAAGGAAAGGCUCAAACUGUCCCUGGAGACGCCGUUGCCGGCCUCGGCUGCAAUUUCCGGAAAGGCGGAUUACACGCUUUGGUCAGGCGACGAUUUAGUCGCCGUGGUCGAGGCCAAGCGGUGCGUGAGGACAGGCGGUGUUGCAGAGGCGCGGGACAGCAGGGCUACAUUGCUUACCAAUGCUUUGGCACAGACCUGUGCUCUGCUUCAGGGAUUCCAUACUGCCGGAAAGCGGCCGCUGGGCAUUGUGAGCGAUGCCAAGGGCUGGAUACUGGUGCGUGUUGAGGAUGGCGCGCCAGUGCUUCAGCUUUGGCCUAGUCACCAGACAAUGAUGGAGCUGCGGGGCGGGAAUGAUUUGGCAAACCUGAUUGGCUGCUUGCGACAAAUCAUCUCACGUUCGUAG